AUGGGGCUCAGAAGCUGGCAGGUGCUUGCCCUUGCUGCCAGCAGUCUUGUGAGCAUCUUGGUCUCUUUAGCCGCAGGGUCCCUUGCCAGCUAUGUGGUAACCAGAGCUGAGACACAGAAAUGCUCCGACUUCUGGAUUUACCUGGAGACAGGCAAGUCCCCACAGGAGCAUGCCAUGGCUGGUAGGGUGUCUCAGCCCACAGAAAAUCUGCCCAGCCUAGAGGACAGAGAGAGCGUGGCAUUGCCAGUGAGGAGGAACAAGUACGGAGACGUUGUGGAGUAG